GCCAUCCGCAGUCUGCGACUGAAGCAUCCAGCCGACACACACGCGCUCUUCUCGCGGCUCCGUGAUCUUACGCCUUCUCGUCGAUCUCAACUAGUUCACAAAAGCCAUGGCUGGCCAUGUUCCUAGGAUUGUCUCAGUCGUCCUCCUGUUGGUUGUGAUUUCUCACGCGAGCUGUUCGCCAACGAGAUCGGCAUCAAGUACUACAGCAGCCAACGCAAGUCGCUUUAAAAAGCAAAAUUCACCGUCCCACGAUUCAAUUUCCAAUGAUGUCAGUGCAGACAGCGUUUCAGAGGAUUGGGUGAAGGUUUCGAUAAAACAGGGCCGACUCGCGGCGACCGCGGGCGGUUCCAUGGAGUACACCUGCGAAGCCGUAGGUUCACCGUCGCCCUCAAUAGUCUGGCUUAAGGAUGGACUUCCAAUUCAACAGGAGAGUCCCGAAGACAUGUCAGACAACUACAUCGUGGUGGAUAGUAACAGCAACAACUUGCGCAUCAACAGCGAGGGCGCCCUUGGAAAAGUGGUGACCCGCCUGCACAUUCCGUGCAUCACCAUGAAGGACAGCGGUGCUGUCUACUCUUGCUUGGCUACCUCAGGGGUCCGGAGUGCUGUCGACUACGCCCAACUCAGGGUCACAGCCUCCCUAGAUAACUUCUACGGUUGUCUGGAGCAGCAGGCUGAGCCGCCCCAAAUCACCACGCACACCCCUACCAUCCUGCAGAGCAUGGGCAAGGACGUCGAGUUGCUCUGCAAAGCAAGGGGCAGCCCCGAGCCGGAGGUCUACUGGGUCGGACCCAACGGCAAGACCAUUAUGGAUGGACCACGCUUUAGAGUGCUGGAGAACGGAUCCCUAGUGAUCACCAGACUCACGUGGGACGACAUGGGAGAGUACAAAUGCAAAGCAGACAACCUGCUGGGAGAAGAUACCGCCAGCACCUUCCUCUACCCCAUGCUGAAUGAGGAAAAGUGAAGGCACUCGAUGGGCUGCUGCGAGACGACUUGACUGAUUCCACGAAGAAUACAAAAAACCAUGUGCAUUUCAAUUAUCCGCUGUCAUAAUUAUUUUUGGAUAGUGCGAGGUGGGUCCUGCAAGGAGACACCAACUACAAAACCAAACGACUUAAACUCGACCUCCAUGCUGAGGAUAUGAUCAAUGUGGAUAAAUUAAGUGAAGAAAAAAAACAACAUUAAAAUGAAUAU